AUGGCAUUCGCAUAUACUCUUCCCCUCCGAAUUGUGCAAGCAGUGUUCUCCAUCAUCGUUCUCGGUCUCACAGCAUAUGCUGCUGACUCUUGGUCAUACUGGUGGUCUCCCGACUCAGUGAACUUCCUCAUCUUCACAUCCGUCUGGACUCUCCUCGCCCUCAUCUACCUAAUCGUUUCUCCCACCCACUUCCCUACCGCAGCCCAUAAAUAUGGAAUCCUCUUCGCCGAAGCCGUGACUAUGAUUUUCUGGUUCGCCGGUUUCAUUGCUCUAGCUGUUAUGUUAAAUAAUGUUGGCUGUGGUCAUAGUCAAUGGAGUGUGUGUAAGGCGAGCAUUGCGGGGGAUGUCUUUGCUGCUUUCUUGUGGUUAUUAUUCGCAGCUACGACAAUCAUGGCCGCAUUACAUGUUUCCCGCAGCCGUGGAGAUCGCAGCGGUCAUCAUGAUCCGGCAAUGGAGGUCGCGGUCUAA